AUGAGCACUUUAGCGGAUGUUAGUGCUAUUCUGGAGGAAAUGGGCUACAAUGUUUACGAUAUAGAAAGAGCCUAUAUUGGAGGAUACAAGACCGUGGAAGAAAUUAUUGAAUUUUUUUCCUCUGGAGGCAGUUCUUUACAUUUGGAGGAGAGUUCCAAUCGACUGAAACUUCCGAGUGCCCAAAGAACUUAUACUUCAGCUUUCAAUCCUCGUCCUGUGUACGUGAAUCUAUCUGACAUGCAAUGGUCUGAACAAACCGGGGACACGAAUUUACCCAGUUCGACCGGGGCAUGUGCAGAGGAACCAAAUGCGGAACCGGUGCAAUCACGCAUCAGCUCGACCAGUGUACAAGAGCGCUUCGAAUUCGAACAGCGUGAAAGUAGAAAGCUGGCUGAUGCGUUGAGAAAAGAGAAGCUGAUGGAAGAACGGGAACGUGAACGCUUACGAGCGGAAAUCGCAGCUGAGCGACAAGCCAGAAUACUGGCACAUCAAUCCACGAGUUUGGCUCCCGUGACCACUGGCAGUUCUACUGUCAAUUGUCCCCCGGACAAUGUCGUAUCCUCCGGACCCAGGGAUAAAAUCAAACUGAAGAUCAUCCUGUUUGAUCGCACCCACGCACCGUGUUACAUUGAAUUGGACCAGUCGAAUUCGUACGCAGACCUGUUGUCCCACAUCCAGCCCAACUUGACCGCCAAUCCUCCGGCACGGAAUGUGCCUUCUGUGGACACUUUGUCUACAUCAAAUCCCUUUGUUCAAGCCCUGGAUCAGCAUUUGGUCAGUUUGAGCACCACUGAUCCCUGUGUGCAUUUGCUCGUGCAAACAUGGCCUCGUCGAGAAUUGACUCACCCUUGUGCCCGCACCCCGGAACCCGAUCCGGAGAUUAUGACCCAGCGAUUGACCGAGAUGCAAAUCACCAAUGGGACUACAAUUGCUGUCAGACAUGUGAAUUGUGAAUUUCAAACCAAAGUGAUGGAACGAAUAAGCGAGCUGAACGAUUUACGUCCGCGCUCCGGGCCUGAAUUUAUCACUCCGGCUAGCCCACCGCCACCUCCACCAGCGCCAGUACCAGACCCGGAUCCGCCCGGAGAAGACGAGCCCGAAGAUUAUCCAAUGGAACCGGUUUUCCCGAUCCAAAAUCCACGCUUUCCCGGUCAAGGUCAACAACUUCGUCCUCAGGCACCGGAUGGUGCUAUACCCGCUAGUGCACUCAGUGUGCAAGAGAAUGUUCGUCGUGCGGCUUUGAACUUGGAGGAAAGACUACGCUCCACAACUGCCACACCCACUGCUCCCUCUGAUCCGGCCUCGGAAUGCUCCUCGUGGGCACAGGUUCCCACAUUGGUGAAACUGUGCUUGCACUCGAUUCACACAUGGGUCACUCAGUACGCGGAUGCGUUAAGCGCAGCUCGUUUGGGCCUGAUACACGAGACCACUUCUCGUACCACCGCGACAACCGGUACACGAUACGGGCUUACCGUGAAACAGUCAGAUCAGGCGUCAAUUGACCAACGGCGGAUGGAGCAUUGGGUUGCACAUCAUCUGUCCGGUAUGAGAUGGCCCAAUGUUCUUGGUCAACAAUUAGUACGGUCACUGAUGGAUGAGAAAUGUUUCACGGCCCGCACGGCGGUUCUCCUGCGCAACAGUAUGGUUUAUAAAGCUCUUAUCGGUUCCAGUCGUCGACCCGAUCGCGGACUCAGCACCGAGGUUCACCUUUAUAUCACCACAACACUCAUUCAGAAACGUUCGGACGUAGGCCAAACUGGUCACUACAUUCUGACCAGCACGGAAUUGAUUCAGUGUCUCGCGGACCGCUGGACUGGACUGGUGGAUCUACGCCUGGACAGUGAUCAUCCGUAUCAAAUUGCCACGGAAGGAAUCUGUGAUCUAAGUCGUUUGCAAAAUCUGAAAUCCCUCAGUGUUUGCGGUUUACACAGUGUGAAUGACGAGACGCUCCCCCACAUACUGGAACUGCGUCAGUUACGAGUGUUAUGCCUAUCGGAUACCAAAGUUAGCGACGAAGGUUGGACACGGAGCUGGUCCGCAGAACAAUCGUCUCAAUCGUGUGGUGAGAGACCCCUGUUGAAGUUGGAAUUGGCUCGUAUGGGUCCGUUAUUCACAGAUUCCGGAUUGUGUGCAGUCGCGCAGUUGUUCCCACGUCUCCAGUCCCUCAGUAUUGCCAGAAGUGACGUGAGUCCCUAUGCGUGUACCUUGAUAUAUACAUAUAUACGUUCGCCUCGUUGCAGAAGUUGA